AUGUCGCGUGCCGACAUUCCCGGCAGCAAUUUCAGCAUCGCUGAUCGCUCUGUCGAUGACCGAUUUGCGGAGCUCACAGUAGUCGCCUGUUUCAUCGGCAUUGCUUGGUAUAAUGCAUUGGAAUUGAUUGUUCUGUGCUUCACCACCUUCAAGAGAUAUGGCGGGUGCUAUUUUUGGUGUCUCCUCAUCUCCUCCUUCAGUAUCAUCCCCUUUGGGCUCGGUUACAUCCUCAUCUUCUUCGACAUAUACACCAACUUGUUCCCCGUGGCGAUGGAGCUAGUCGCUUGGGUCGGGAUGGUCACAGGCCAGUCUCUGGUCCUCUGGUCUCGGUUGCAUCUUGUUUGUCACAGUCCAACCGUCCUUCGCGCCACUCUCGCCAUGAUUAUCGUCGACGCGAUCAUCCUACACCUUACCGGAAUCGUCCUCGAGCUUGGCAGCCACUCGAACAAAUCAUACCUCUUCAUCCGCGGAUUUAACAUCUUCGAGCGCAUCCAAUUGGUCGGUUUCUCCAUACAAGAAAUCAUUCUCUCUAUAAUUUACUCUUGGGAAGCUGUGCGACUGCUGAAUCUCCGCCCAAGAGGCCGUUUUCGAGGCACUUUGGUCCAACUCCUGAUCGUGAACAUAGCCAUGAUUAUCAUGGAUGCCGCCGUUAUCGGAGUACAGUACUCGGGCCUUUUCGAAAUCCAUGUCGCUCUCAAGGCAAUGGUCUACAGCGUGAAGCUCAAACUGGAAUAUGCGAUCCUAGGCAAACUGGUGGGCAUCACCGAGAGCAACGGCAGUAACUCGGCCCCCACCGACCUGUCGAAUUUCGUGGAUCUUUCAUUCCAUAAUGCUGGCACACCGCAGCCGGAUAGCGACAGAACUACGGAGAAUCCAGAGUAUCGUAUGCGAACGACCUCCAAGGGCUCGUCCACGGACCCACUAAGAGGGGAUCUUUCCGAUGCCCAGAGCCCGAGUUCGAGAAUUCCGGACUCCUGA